AUGGAUGACAAAUCUAUUUCUUCUUCAAGCAUAGCCCAAGUCACAGAUCUUGCUGGGACUGAUGCUGGAAAAACUGCUAUUGACCCCAGUCAUUCCUUUUAUCUCCAUCCCUCAGAUUCACUAGGAAUGCUGCUUGUGAACACUGUUUUCGAUGGAAAAGGGUAUGGAGGCUGGCGCAGAGAGAUACUUAUUGCUUUAUUAGCCAAAAAUAAAGUUGGCUUCAUUGAUGGCUCCAUUUCUCAACCUAAAACUUCCUCUGAUUCCUUCAAAUCAUGGGCUCGCUGCAACGACAUGGUGAUAUCUUGGUUGUUGGAUGCACUCUCCAAAGAGAUAGCAGAGAGUGUACUCUACUCUAAGAUUUCUCAGCAGAUCUGGAAUGAGCUUGAGGAAAGGUUUGGCCAAAGCAAUGGUCCUCAGGUCUAUCACCUACAAAAACAAAUCAGUGAGCUAGCUCAAGGGAACUUGGACAUUGCAGGGUACUAUACUAAGCUGAAGAGGCUCUGGGAUAAUCUUGACAACUUAGAUACAUGUCAACACUGUACUUGUGACUGCCAUUGUGGUGACAAGGCCAACACCUUCAAAUCUCAACAAGAUGACGGCUUAUCCAGUUCCUUAUGA